AUGGUGUCCAGUGUGGAAGAAUCGCAGGCCCCAGUGCUUGUUGGGAUCUCGAUUGGGUUCGCGGUAUUGACCUUCCUCGUUAUCUCUCUCCGUCUAUUUGCCCGAGUAUAUGUUCUGGGGAAGAUGAGUGUGGAUGACUACUUGAUUAUUUUGGCUUGUCUUUUGGCAUGGGCUUUCAUUGCAGCCACCAUAGUUUGUGUCAAGUACGGAAUGGGAAAACACGUGGACGAUGUCGACCCAAACAAUUUAAUGACAUAUGCUUUCACUGUCUGGUUGAGUUCGAUGUUCUACCUGGCCUGUCUGGGCUUCGUCAAGACCUCCGUGCUAUGGUUCUAUACUCGACUUGGUGAUCGCUAUCUCACUCGCUUGUCCUAUACCAUGUUCGGGGUUGUCACGGCGCAGGCUCUGGCCAACGUCCUAACAGCUGCAUUUCAAUGCCAACCUGUGGCCAAGGCCUGGGCGACCACCUUACCCGGUCAUUGCGUCGACAUCAACGUCUUCUAUCUCUGCAAUGCUGCUCUUAACAUCUUUACCGAUGUUCUGACCUACACGUUGCCUAUCAAAGUUAUCUUCAACCUUCAGAUUCCGCGGAAGCAGAAGAUCGCGCUUGUCUUUACCCUUUCGCUUGGUUUAUUCGCCUGUGUCUCGUCCAUUAUUCGAAUCACCUACAUCCCAGCCAUGUUGACCUCCCCCGACUCUACCUACGUGAUUAGCGGUGCCAUGUACUGGUCUGUCAUCGAAACCAACGUCGGAAUCUUCGCCGCCUCCAUCCCCUCCUUCAAAGCAAUUGCCUCUCGCUUCCUUCCCCGCAUCAUCGGCGAAUACAGCGGUCAGAGGAAAUACGGGCCGUGGUCAAACAGCGAAGAACAAGGUCGACGCUACGGGUAUGGCUCGAACUUUUCGAAAGUUCGCGACCCGCAUGCUAUCACUUUGGGCACAAUGGCUGGGGACGAUCAAGAUUAUGGGGCACAGGUUCACACGGCAUACCAAAGCAACUCGAGCGAGGAGCGGAUGAUCAUUCCUGAGGGGAAGAUUCUCGCUCAGACGCAUAUCUCGACCAAUGUGGAGGUUCAGCGGGAUGAUUCGGAUAAUCUGUCGUUUGACCACGGGCGUCGUCCGUCCUAG